UAACAACAUCAACAAGAAGUAACUAGUUACUAGUCACAGUUUAUCAUUGAUCGACUUAUUAACCCCAUCAUAAGAAGAGAGAAACCUCUAAGCACGUAUGCUGACAAAGAAGAGAAGGAGAAGAAACCUCUCAAUGUCAGGGGCCCGAGACUGUUCAACUGCCUUCCAGCAUACAUAAGGGGGAUUACCAAUAGACCCCUGGCUGUCUUCAAGCAGGCACUGGACAAGCACCUAAAGUCGGUACCUGACCAGCCGGGCUGUGGCUCGUACAUUGGAUUGCGUGCAGCCAGCAGUAACAGCCUGGUUGAUCAGGCUCUGAUCCACCAGGAGGCCUGGUCACAGACUGGGCCGCGGGGGCGUUGACCCCCAAAACUCUCUCCAGGUAAACUCCAGGAUUGCUGAGUAUAGACUUAUACUAAACAGAGGCUUGAUGAUGGUGACUUAGAGGACAGCUCUGCUGGUCACUGGGACAUUCAGUCUCUAACAUACACAAGACUAUAUGCUUGAACUCCUGCAACACAAAAUACCAAAAUGAGUACUGCUAGCCCCAAGACAGUAAAGAGGUACCGACGUGAAGAUCCAAAGUCCAGUGAUGAUGAUGAAGAAGACUACGAGCCCUAUGUCCCUGUUAGGGAGCGCAAGAAGCAGAAACUAAAGCAGAUAUUAAAAAUUUCACAGGAUGAUGAUGAAAGUGGUGGAUUUAGUGGCCAUGAGAAAGAUGGUGAGACACAGGAAGAGGAUGUUCAAGAAUUGGCCCGAAAAAAUAACAUUUCCCUCCUUGACCAGCACACAGAACUCAAGAAAAUUGCUGAAGCUCGCAAGGAAUCUGAAUUAGAGAAACAGCGCCGAGAAGAAAAGCGCCUCUUGGAGGCUGUUGCAGAGAAGCGAGCACUAAUGGGUGUUUCUGAGUUAGCCCGUGGUGUACAAUAUGAGGAUCCUGUUGUAACAGCAUGGAAUCCUCCUAAACGCAUCUUGGCCAUGGAUAACAAGCGCCAUGAAAGGGUUCGCAGGAAAUACAAGAUCAUGGUGGAAGGAGAAGAUGUUCCUCCCCCACUUAAGUCCUUUGCUGAUAUGAAAUUUCCACGCUGUGUCAUUAAAGCACUUCAGAAAAAGGGAAUAGAGAAACCUUCCCCAAUCCAGAUGCAAGGCAUCCCAGCAACUCUGAAAGGAAGAGAUAUGAUUGGCAUUGCUUUUACUGGCAGUGGGAAAAGUAUGGUGUUUAUCUUGCCUAUUGUUAUGUUUUGUCUAGAACAAGAGAAGAAGCUUCCCUUUAUGAGCAAUGAAGGGCCAUAUGGUCUCAUCAUUGUGCCAUCUCGUGAGUUGGCAAAACAGAUAAAAGACAACAUUGAUUAUCUCUGCAAAUUUGUUGAGGCUGAUGGUUUUCCUGAACUGCGAACAUGCCUUGCAAUUGGAGGAGAGCCAGUUGCAACAGCGCUUCAAAUCAUCCGAAAAGGUGUACACAUCAUGGUAUGCACACCUGGUCGACUGAUUGACAUGCUUGAUAAGAAGAUGGUGCGUCUUGAUGUGUGCAGAUAUCUGGUUAUGGAUGAGGCUGACAGAAUGAUUGAUAUGGGCUUUGAAGAAGAUGUUCGAACUAUAUAUUCAUACUUUAAAGCACAAAGACAAACUCUUCUCUUCUCGGCCACUAUGCCAAAGAAGAUCCAAAAUUUUGCACGAUCAGCUUUGGUGAAACCUGUAACAGUGAACGUUGGUCGAGCUGGAGCUGCAUCCAUGCAGGUCAUCCAGGAGGUGGAAUAUGUAAAGCAGGAAGCCAAAGUGACACACAUUCUGACUUGCCUCAACAAAACAUCUCCCCCAGUCUUAAUCUUUGCUGAGAAGAAACAGGAUGUUGAUCUUAUACAAGAAUACCUAUUACUGAAGGGUGUCACAGCUGCAGCCAUUCAUGGAGGCAAAGAUCAGGAGGAGAGAUCUGCUGCUGUUCAGGCAUUUCAGAGAGGAGAUAAGGAUGUUUUGGUUGCUACUGAUGUGGCCUCAAAGGGCCUUGAUUUCCCUGGCAUCCAGCAUGUUAUUAACUAUGACAUGCCAGAUGACAUAGAAAAUUAUGUUCAUCGAAUUGGCCGUACUGGUCGGUCUGGACAGCAGGGUGUGGCCACAACAUUCAUCAACAAAGCCAAUGAUGAAUCAGUAUUGUUGGAUCUCAAGCAUUUGCUAAUUGAGGCCAAACAAAAGGUUCCUCCAUUCCUAACAAUUGUAGGCGGUAUGGAUGAAGACUUACUGGACUCGCUUGAAGCUAAUGGAGGUGACGAACGUGGAUGCUCAUAUUGUGGUGGUCUUGGCCAUCGUAUUACAUCCUGUCCUCGCUUGGAAGCCAUGCAGAAUAAGCAGGCAGCAGGAAUUGGGCGUAAAGAUUAUCUAGCAGCCAAUGCUGCUGACUAUUAACCAUGCAUUGUGUUCUGUUAGUGCAUUAUGUUUAUAGUAUAACAUUGAUUAUUAUGUGGUGUAGUGUUGCAGUUACUGUAAGGGGACAACACUGCAAAUAGCAUAUUGCAUGAAUUUCUCAAAAGGUAAAUAAAUUAAGCUUAUUGCAACUAUACUAUCAAAACAGCUUGGUUUUAAUCAAACCAUCUUGCCUUUCAAAGCAAAUUGAUUUACAGAAAGGCCCCAUAUAUUUGGCACCCUCUUGUCAGUGUCCCAUGUUUAUGUUGGCUUUUAAUUGAGCUAUUGUUCAUUAUGUUCGGUGCUUUUACUUCUUUUCUACCAUUUUGGUUCAACAGUUGCAUAAGGGAAGGGUGACCAGCACUAUAUUUUAAGGUAAGUAUUGUAUGUACUAUGUAUUUAUUUUACUUUUUUAUGUUUUUUAUGCCUAGCUGUACUAAACACUUAAUACGUAUAUGAUAGUGUAAACACUUUGAGGCAUUUUAGAUGUAUUCAGUAAUGAAAAACUACUCUUUUCCACCCGCUGGUGAUUUUUGCUUAUCACACAGGGACAGGAACCUAAGAGUCAUACAGAAGGGGCAAUGUAUUAAAAACAUAAGAUAGCAAGAUAGCAAUUAAAUUUAGUAUUUCUGAUACUAUUAUUAUUAUUUUUUUAUUAUCACACUGGCCGAUUCCCACCAAGGCAGGGUUGCCCGAAAAAGAAAAACUUUCACCAUCAUUCACUCCAUCACUGUCUUGCCAGAAGGGUGCUUUACACUACAUUUCUGAUACAUAUUUUAGAAUUAUCAGUCACACUUUCUGAUAAUUCUAAGACUUUGUAAAAUUUACUUUAAAAAUUCCUUAAAAUUAGUAUAAUCAGAUGCUGUAUCACUGCACAAUGUAAGUUGACUUUGAUGCAUUUAUAUGAGAAAUAAGAUGACCACUAUUUUUGUUAUAUCUCUUAGGAAGUACGUGCCAUGUAUUAUAAAUUUUGGAUCAUAAAUAGCAAUUUAAAUCAGGCAGAAAUUUCAAAACCUUCACAGGUUUGAAAUUUCUAAUUGACGAUUAUUAACCCGUAAACGGUCCAAACGUACAUAUACGUUCACUACCGUACGGCCCCAACUUUUUUGAGAAAAAAAAAUUGUUUUUUAAUAGGAGAAAAGAGCAUAUGGUACCCAGGCAUCCCCAAUUAUUUAAAUAUGGUGCACAGUGAGUGCUCAUACCCAUUCUCACAUGUCUAGGUGACUCAGGCUUAUCGUGGCAAUGUUAAAUGUAGGACACAUAAAACGUAUAUAUACGUUUGGGGCACUAGCGGUAAAAACGUAUAUAUACGUUUGGACCGUUUACGGGUUAAAGCUAUUUGUAUUUUUCAGGUAACUGCCUUGUUUUUUAUAUGACAAAAAUUGUGACCAUUUAAGUCAAAUGAGGAGUACUAACUGGUAGUUCUUGGAAAAAUUAAUUUACUCCUGAGUAUCACAACAAACUUCAUGUGAUGUAUUAUUAUUAUAUAUUUAUGGAAAACACUGUUCUCUUAAGGGAGGGGCGAGCCAUUUUUCAGUGAUCAGGAAAUUAAGAUUGAAAAAUUAUGGAAAAAAAAGAAUGUUUUCUUAUUGAAAAAUAGUGCAAAAUUCAGGCAACGUUUUGAUGUAAUCAGCUUGUUUCUAUCAUAUUUCUAGGUAUGUUUUUCAUUAAAUGUAUUUUUUUUUGUUCUUGCUGUCAUCAAAAAUACAUGUUGGCAAUUA